GGGCUCGCGAAACCUGCGGAAAACGGCAGUCGCCCCAAAAAAAGAUGCCAAACGCCCCACACGUUGUGAAUGCGGAAGCCAUCUCACCCUGCAGCUUUUCCAGGUCAAGGUCAACAGAAUCCUGCUGUAAUCAACUCGAUCCGAGGAAACACAGUCGAAUUUCAUUUCCAUCCUCAAUAGACAGUGCAUCUAAACUCAGUCCUUCUGAUUUUGGUGUCUUUGAUGCCUGAUUUUGAUAGUCAGGCAGACGCAAUUCGACUGUGACUGGAGAUAUGGAUGCGAGUGAGAUCCCGAUUUAAAGUGGAAAUUAUUACCGUCUGUUGAUGAACCGAUGAAUGGAUUAAACCGUCUGUUGCUGAUUGUCGGAUUUUUUCUCCAGAGCGAAGGCAGUGAAAGAAUGUUCUCCGUCUUGCAACCAAGCUUACCUUUUGCUUUUGCUGGGUGAGGAGGGGAUCUUUUGGGAUUUGCUGUCCUUGCAAUGACCGAGGAAAAAGACAUUGAGGAAAAGAAGUUUGGAUCAGAUUGCUUUAUCUUUCCAGUGAUCUCAUCGUCCACAACUCUGGUCUCUUAAGUUUCACGAACUCUGUUAGAUUCAAAGUCUUAAGGCAGCUUGCUGGCUGCGAAUCGAUAAGAUUAAUGUGUUAGUAUGUCAAAAUUCCGGUCUGUUUUGUUCGCUGUUGCGAAAUUGGAACACUUCAACAACAACUCGAAGAUGACGAUUUCUCGAGCUUCUUUUUCUUCUAUUCCAAUCAUCGAUAUAAGUCCACUAAUCAAGAUGAGAAGUCAUCCCAAACAUUACGAUCAAGAUGACAUGAAAGAGAAGAAAGUAGUCAAGGAGAUAGACGAGGCCUGCAGAAAGGUUGGGUUUUUCUACGUGCAAGGACAUGGAGUUCCUUUUGAGAUGAUAGACCUCGUUCGGAAACUCGGCCACGACUUUUUCAACCUUUCUACCGAGGAAAAACAUACUAUCAAAAUGACUCAAGCUUCAGGCUGGAGGGGAUAUCAAACAUUGGGAGAAAAUGUCACGAAAGGUAUCUCUGACAUGCACGAGGCUAUUGAUUAUUUCCGUGAUUGCGAUGCCGAAUUCCCUAGAUUGUUGCACGAAGAUCAUCCCUUAAGUGGUCGUAACUUAUGGCCUAGUUCACCAGCAGCAUUUCAGCCAGUAUAUAAGCAGUACCUUACAAUUAUGCAAGAUCUUGGAAGAACCAUCUUGGAAGCAAUAGGUCUUGCUUUAGUUGGAUCACGAGAUGCAUUUGAAGGAACCAGAGCAGGCAACCCUUUUUGGCUCUUACGUGUCAUUGGUUACCCUCCUAUGGAGCAGAAGGUUACAGAGGUUGGCUGCGGAGAGCACACAGAUUAUGGCCUGCUCACUCUUGUCAAUCAGGAUGAUGGGAUCCGAGCCCUUCAGGUGAAGAACGAAGAUGGAGACUGGAUAUGGGCUGAUCCAAUCCCCGGAACAUUUGUUGUAAAUAUCGGUGACAUGCUGAAGGUAUGGAGCAACGGAGAAUACAUGCCUACGGUGCAUCGUGUUCUCAACGAUGGUUCCAAGUACAGAGUUUCAGUUCCAUACUUUUACGAGCCCAACUUUGAUGCAGUUGUUGAACCACUGGAUAUAUGCAAGAAAAGAGCAGAAGGAAUCUCAAAAUAUGCUCCAGUUGUAUAUGGAGAUCAUUUGACCAACAAGAUACUGAACAACUUCAAAUGAUGCUUCAGAAGAAUUUUAGCUUGACUUUUUUGACUAAAAUGCAACCGAACGUAGUUUCAGUGACAUGCGACAUCUCAUAUUUGUAGACCAGUAGUUCAAAUAAAUUCCCCUAACCUGUACCAAUUUAGAAAAGAACAGAAUCUUUUCACUAUUGUCUUACUUCAACCGUACAUAUAUGAUUGCAUCAAGCCGUUACCAGAAAUAUUAGACCAUUGAUUGAUCACUUGAAGACGAUUGUUCCAAAUAAUCCUGUCCUUGUACAGUCCUCAUCUCCUUAUAUAUAAGCAGGAUGCCCAGACUUUCACAUUCAGUUGAAUUUCAUCUGUCCUUCUCGCUUUUCCCUGCUCAUUGGAGAUAUGGUUUUGAAGACUUUAUGACGUUGAGAAAAUCUUCGUUAUUCUAACCCGGAUGUACUAUGUUUUUUCACCUGAUGACGUAUUGCACUUUUUUUGCUCACUUUUUGUCGACAAAUCGCUGCAUUUAGUACUUGGCCAGUCAAAUCAGCAAAGGAAGAUAUUAGAUCGUCAAAACAUGUAAGGGAGUACCUAAAAUUAGCGAGGAGUCUGACACACCGGCCGUAUAGACGUUAGAUUCUACUAUAUAUAAGGUCUAAUUUGUCAACGUCAAUUUGCAUUUGUUUUGAGGUCUCUCUUAGGACCUGGAUAUGAAGUUUUGACUUUCAAUCUUGAACUCGAAACCAAGUUUCCAGAUUUGAACUUCUGAAAGGCACGUUGAAGAAUCCUGAUGUAUGUUAGCAUAUGGUUGACAAAGUAUCUGACGAGUGAUUCCGCAUCCACUUGCUCCUCUUUCCUCACUCUCGACUCCAACUUUGAACAUUUUGCAUCUGCUCACGUAGACGUGCUUUACAGAUGUCAUGACUCGUGAGCACAUUUGGUUGCUUCGAGUGUGUCCAUAGUAUGUUCAUGCUUGUGAGAGCAAACACGCGGUUUGUGAAGUGCGUUCAUUUACACUAGAAAUCAAUAUAAUAUUAUACUAGAAAAGCACGGUAGAAGCUUAGAAGAAUAUGUUCCAAAGGUUGUAAGAAGGAUAUUCAGUUAUGGAAAAUUCUGU